CUUCGUAGAUUGGCACCACUGAUGCUUCUUUCCAGAUGGUUUCUCUCCAGUGUCCGAUUUGUAAUAGUUAGAGUUGGAAAAGUGUGUUUUUAAACCGGUGCAUGUUCCUGAAAUGUGUCUUUGAACUUUGGUAAGGCCAUGCAUGAAGACGAGAAAGAUCUCCUGCUCGAACGACGUUUAUUUUCACGUCGAUAGCGUUGCUCGUUUGUUCGAUGUACUCUUGAAAAUACACCUCUCGCUUAACGUCGGUAUUUCGAAGAAUUCGAAACAAGACGCAAUUGUAGCUUUGCAUUAAAAGCUUUAGAUCGUGUUGGAAUUAUAAUUACAUAAUGACAGAAUAUAAACUUGUCGUUGUGGGUGCUGGAGGUGUUGGCAAGUCUGCUCUUACGAUUCAGUUGAUACAAAAUCAUUUUGUAGACGAAUAUGAUCCCACAAUAGAAGACUCUUACAGAAAACAAGUAGUCAUAGAUGGGGAGACAUGCCUUUUAGAUAUAUUGGACACAGCUGGACAAGAAGAAUAUAGCGCAAUGAGAGAUCAGUAUAUGAGAACCGGUGAAGGAUUUUUGUUAGUGUUUGCUGUGAAUUCAGCUAAAAGUUUUGAGGAUAUAAGCACAUAUAGAGAACAAAUAAAAAGAGUAAAGGAUGCAGAAGAAGUACCGAUGGUAUUGGUAGGAAAUAAAUGCGAUCUUCAACAAUCCUGGGCAGUAAAUAUGUCACAAGCAAGAGAAGUUGCCCGUCAGUACGGUGUGCCUUUUGUUGAGACUUCUGCAAAAACUAGAAUGGGAGUAGAUGAUGCUUUUUAUACUUUGGUCAGAGAAAUACGCAAAGAUAAAGAAUACAGAGGCAAAGCAAAAAAGAGAAGUAUGAGAGGAGGUAACUCAAGCAAUAGGAGACGUCGGUGCUGUUUGUUUUAAAUCACUGAAUACCAUAACUUUUCUCAUUCGAAGCGGUAACGCGAAAUAAAUUGUAAAAAGCGUUAGAUUAUGUUCACUUUACGCACAUUUUUGCAGCUUAUUCUAUAGAAUAUUGUACUAAUUUUCAAGCACAAUUUUUUCAAUACAUUGAAAGAGAGAGAAAGGAAGCGAGAGAAAGAGAGAGAGAGAACAAAGUAUGUAAUAGUAUUGUAUAAUAUUGCAUACAUUUUUACUCUUGAAGUUGAAUUUCAUAAAAUACAUUAUUUGUUCAACAGUCUGCCAUAUAACUCUUAAUAUUCCAUUUGCAGAAGAAUUUUAACCCUUGAUUGCAUAGAAUAGUCAGUACCGAAAAAUAUUUAUAGGACUAUUCCUCUGUUUUAUUGUUAAUUACGUUUAAUUAAACAUACAGAAAAGUAUUAUCCCACAAAAUGAUUGCAUAGUUUAAAAAUUGUGGGUGAAAGGUGAAUACUUUCAUUGCAUGCUUUAUUAAAAUAGUUUAUACUUUUAAAUAUUACGUAUCUCUCUCUCUAUGCAUAUGCAUACAUGUAUACAUAUACAUAUAUGCGUAUACAUAUAUAUGUACAUUCAUAUGUAUACCUGUAUGUAUAUCUAUAAUUCACUGAUUGAACAUAUUUCUAAUCUUUAUUUUCAUACCUUACUCUGCAUAGCAAAAAAAUCCAUUUACACAAAAAGAAGAACAAAAGCCAUAAAACUCAAGAAAAUACAGUAUGGAUAACUCAUUUUGUGCUGUGAUUAAAUAAUCUUAAGCAUGCCAUGCUAGUUAGGAGGUACUAUUGUGAUUAAGUAUGCAAUUUUGAUAUAAAUACCUAUUUAUCAGUUUAAAGGUAGGUAGGUUCGCUCGUGUUUUCAUUUUUAGUGCAAUUAAAAACAUACUUCGUGUUCUUUGUAUGCAUCAACGAAACAAGCUCUUGCAUGUGACGAAGGUGAUACAAUAUGCAAUUAGUUUUUUACAUUGAUAUUUUUAUAUGUUCGCAUAAAGGAAAUUUACUAGAUACGAAUUUAUUUUUCCGAUUGUACGUGUUUAAGUAUCCUUUUUAUUCGUCGUUGUUACUUCAAUGUAGAGUUGAAAACUCUCUUUGUUAUGGAGAUCUAAACAUUGCCAGAUACGGUAGUUCACCAAGCAGGCUAACUUUCACAACUUUAGCUUUGGUCAUCUGCGAAUUUAACUAGAACUUCUUAAUGUUACCACAAAGCAACAUGAACUUAUAAUAGUCUUGUAGGUUUCCAGUAUGUGCUGGGAUCUUUACACUCUCCUGCUCGUUAAAUAUCAAUAGGGCCAAUAAUGGUGACAUCGUUACACAGAUUUUCGUUGAAAUCAUAAGGAAUAAUCUCAUCUGGAUUGAUGAGAAGAUAAUUCUCAUCCCUGCUAGCUUCAGUAAUGUUGUCAUGUUCAAAUGUAUUAUUUCCUGUGAUGGACAGGAACUGUCGAAUUAGAAUGGACGUCAAAGGGUUGUUCACAAGUUAGAAGGGACAAUGUUCUCGGCUCUGGGUAUUAUUUCAUCGAAUCCUCCGGUUCCGAAGUUCUCAUAGCCAAAGGAAGAUCUCUCGCGUCAUUAAUUGUGUUUUGACUCUACUAAUGCGAGACUAUUGCGAUAGAAAAUGUAAUUACAAGAGUGUGCGACUGUUCAAAACGAUGAAAGGCGGUAUUGGGAUCAGAUAGUCCGGGAACCAAGUUCUUUCGGUUUAUAUCCUGUAACUGAUCCAUAGUUUUAUAUGACUCUUCUUCGAUCUGUGGUCGUUCAUUUGCUUAUUAGACUGAGAUUUCCUUCCUCUCUGACCGUGCACUGGAAAUGUAUUUGCAUAAAGGUGCCUGGAUCUUUCGUGAGGAGCAUAUCUCUCUGGUUGCUGGUUCGUCUGUGAACCGGUAACGUCGAUUGAUGGUACUGAUUGCACGAUGAAACGCUUUGUAAGAAAUGACAUCAUAAUUUAUCGCACAAACCGAGAAGUGAAAGUUUACAUUGAUAUUUGAAUGUUUAAAUAUAAACAAUUACCGUAGUGUCAUGGUCGUACAAAAAUAGUAGCUAUUUUAUAACAACAUUUUUGUAUCCUAUUUUCUGUCGCAUUUAUGUCCACAUUGCGAUUUAAUUUUCAUAUAUUAUGUAACAAGAAACACGAUUUGCAGUUCAAAGGCAUUACAAGUAUCUCUGGUAAACUGAACUUUCAUUAUAAUUGUGUACUUUGACAUUUAUUCAGACAAUAAUGUUAUUUUAUUUGGACGAGACAUGACUCUGUCAGAAAAAUGCAAAGAAGUCUGUGUUUUUUAUAAAAUAAAUAGAUCCAAAGAUGCUUCCUAAAACGUUUGUCGACGUUUCGCUGAAAUGGUCGUGUCUCGGAUUUCAUUAAAUUUGAAACAAUCAAGGGUUAAAUACUUUUCCGAAUGAUCUAAAUAGUACAAUUCGCGAAUAUCCUCGUAUAUGUGAACGCGUACAAUUGUAAUACUAGCUUUUUUAAAUAUUGAAAAUGUGUAUAUAUAAAAUUGCACAGCAUAGGUGUUGUUAUGUAGUUGAAAUUCAUAAUAAAACUUUGUACAAAACGUGUUCUUUAUAUUCAUUCUAUCUUGAAUGAUUGUCUUUAUAUAUUAAUUGUAAGCCAUCUAUGCUGUUUGAUUUUAUAACGUUGAUGGAGGAAUCGAUAACUCUUUAAUUAAUUUUAUUCGUACGGUGUUUUUCGCGUAAUAAAAAAAGACACAUUAUUCGAAUCAAACGGCCCUAAAAUAUUAUUAAAAAAAAAACACAUUUCUAAAUCAAAGUUUAUAAAUCUAUGUGUCAUAUCUAUUUAGGUUUGAAUAUCAAUCUUACUGUUCAUCAAAGUUCUACUAGUAUAUAUAAAUUGCGUUAAAAAACUAUGCACGUACCAUACGCAUACUUUGUAUCAUUUUAUUCGGAUCUUGUUGUUAUCAAAUGAAAAAAUACAAAAUCUAUAUAUCAAGUACAAAUUGUAAAGCGAAGUUUUUUUUCUAUGAAUUACAUUUAUGAACUUCCACGCUCAUGAGAUUUGCACAGUACUCAUUGCUAAAAACAAUACAAGAUAAGUCUGUAUCAUUCUUAUUUAAAACAACUUAUGUCAUAAUCAUGAAAUAAUAGAAUAAUUUAUACACUGAUCAACAUCGUAAUAUACAGUUCAGUGUAUUAAAAUGUUACUACGUGUAUGCUUCUUAAUUUUUUAACUGAAAAAUUAAUGUAUAUUUUUGUUAACAGAUUUUCUAAGAGUCUUUGUAUUAACUCGGUAGGACUUAACAUAAUAUCCGUCAUUUAAUGGCAUGAUAGAACCACUGCAACGAUAGAAAUGUAAGAAAUAGUUUAUAAAAUUAUUCAUAUUAAUAAACCAACAUUUAUACGUA